AUGGACGUCGAUUUGGACUACCCGUUGCCUAACGCCGAGUACGGCGAUCUCGACUUUAGCUUCACCUCAUGCACCACCGACCGCACCUUCGUCUCCUCCUCCAGCGCCCGCACUAGUUUAGCCCGCAGCAGCCUCACCCUCAGCUUCAACGAUCGCGACUCACGCCUAUCCUCCGCCACCGCAACAACAACAACCGCAACCGUUCCGAUAUUCUCACAGCACCACCGCAAAUCAGACCCGCAUUGGACGGCGAUAAAAGCGGCCACCAACAUGUCAUCCGACAAGCGACUCCACCUGCGACAUCUCAAGCUACUCCGCCACCUCGGCACCGGCGACCUCGGACGUGUCUUCCUCUGCCGCCUCCGCGACUAUGAUCAUUCCGACUCCACGUUCGCCCUCAAGGUUGUAGACCAUGCGGCCAUCCCGCCGAAGAAGCAGGCCCACGUGGAGACGGAGGCCGAGAUCCUCUCCUUGCUCGACCACCCUUUCCUCCCUACGCUCUACGCCCGCAUCGACGUCUCUCAUUACACGUGUCUCCUCAUCGACUACUGCCCCAACGGCGACCUCCAGACCCUCCUCAUGAAACAGCCCCACCGCCGCCUCCCCGUCAAACCCGCCAGGUUCUUCGCCGCCGAGGUCCUCGCCUCCCUCGAGUACCUCCACGCGCUCGGGAUCGUCUACCGCGACCUCAAACCAGAAAACGUCCUCCUCCGAGAGGACGGCCACAUCAUGCUCUCCGACUUCGACCUCUGCUUCAAAUCCGACGUUGUUCCGACCUUCCACCGCCGCCGCCGCCCCGUCAUCAAACCCCGAAAAACAAGGAGAGCCGGGAACUGUUUCGGAUCAAGGGAACGGGGACAAAACGAGGAGGAGGAAAUGGAGGCGGAGUUCGUGGCGGAGCCGACGGCGGCGUUUUCGAAGUCGUGCGUGGGGACCCACGAGUAUUUGGCGCCCGAACUCGUCGGCGGUCACGGUCACGGUAACGGCGUGGACUGGUGGGCGUUCGGGAUAUUCAUCUUCGAGCUGCUCUACGGGACGACGCCGUUUAAGGGCGGGAGUAAAGAAAGCACGUUAAGGAAUAUAGCGUUGGCUAACGGCGUCAGGUUCCACGUGGCGGAGGGAGAGGAGGAGGGGAUGAAGGAGGCGAGGGAUUUGAUAGAGGGACUGCUGGUGAGGGACCCGCAGAGAAGGCUAGGAUGCGCCAAGGGUGCUACUGAGAUCAAACGGCAUCCUUUUUUCAAUGGGAUCAAUUGGGCCUUGCUGAGAACUUAUAGGCCGCCGGAUGUUUAUGGGCUUAGGAAGAAGCCCAGUAAGACAAUCGCCGUCCCGGUUGGUGUUGCGCUUUCGGCCCACAAGAGGCGGCGGUGGUGGUGGAAGGGACUUGGUCAGCUUGUGAGGACUAGAAGUAACAAGAAGAACAGCCAGAGUAAUAGUAAUUACUAUCACUAUGUCAGUGAUAAAAUGGUGAAAAGUUAAAUGACAUGUGUAUUGAUCUUUUUGGUUGGGGAGAAACUAGGUUUGUUGUGG